AUGAAAUUAUUUUUGUUAGUUGGAUUUAUUUUAAGUUUUGGAUUAACUUAAUUAAUAUAGAGUGAAUUAGGAAUAAAUUGGGAGCCAAAAAGAGAUGCUGUUAUUAAAAAGAUGAAGGAGAUUUUCACUUAUUAUAAUAAAUAUCAAAAUUUUGAUGUAGCAUUAGAAAAAUAAAGACUUGCUCAUACGUACAUUUUAUUACUUACAGAAAAACCGGAUGAAAAAGUGGAUGCACAUUAAUUAUAAACAUUAAUAUAUUAUUUUGAAAUUUAGUUUAUAGAAAUUCAUAAUCAAUAUAUUGAUAAUCAAAUACCUAAUGAUAAAUAUCAACCAGUUUAAUGGUAUUUUGAUUAUUAAUAUUAUUUAAAAUUUAUUUAUUGGCCAAUAGCUUUUAUUGUAGGAUUAUUUUUAGUAAAUUUAAUUUAUUAUUGUAUUGCAGAUAAUUGUUUAAAAAUAAAAAGAGAAUGA